CUGCUGUUUGGAUCCCACCCGGUUUCCUGCGCGCCCGCUUCACCCUUUGGCUGCUGCUCCCUUCUCCGUGGGCAGGCAAAGCGGGAAACGUGUUAGUAGAAAAUGAAAAUGGAUUGCCGAAGCAGUCCUCCCCAAGCAUUUUGCUGAAACCAAGAGGAGGGAGAGGCACCGACCCUAACCCUUAGCUCGAUCGAUCGGAGACCUCGCUCGCUCGGUGGGAUGGCGUCGUUCGAGGAGGCGCCGCCCGGCGAUGCCAACUCCGGGCACAAGAUCUUCCAGUCCAAAUGUGCCCACUGCCACACCGUCGAGAAAGGAGCUGGCCACAAGCAUGGUCCUAAUCUGCAUGGCCUUUUUGGGAAGCAAUAUGGGACAACUCCUGGUUAUUCAUAUUCCACCGCAAGCAAGAACAUAGAUGUGAUAUGGGAAGAAAAUUCUUUGUACGAUUACCUGCUGAAUCCAAAGGAGUACAUUCCUCUGAAGAAGAAGUUCCCCGGCAUGAAGAACCCUCAGGAGCGUGCAGAUCUGAUUGCCUACCUCAAGGAAGCCACAACUUCCUAAAUCAUCCAUCAACCCAUCUUCCCAAUAGGAGUGAAUGGAGAAACAGAUUAGCAGCCACAUGACAUGACCUUCUGAUGGUGCUUUCUUUCUCAAGAAUUAUUGGAGAUGGUGAAAUGCUUAUUCAAGAACAAAUGUGAUGUUCGAGGAGCAUAAACAUUUAUAGAAUGUCAAAGUUUGGAGGAGCCAAUAAAUAUUCUGUAUUAAUUGUUUUCGCAGCCCUUUC